GUCAACCCCAACCACUUUCAUUCAACUCGCCAACAACGCUUCUGGGACAGGUCUUAGAGUUUGGUUCCUCGAGAACGCGACAAUUGUCACCACGCAACUCGGAACAUCUCAUGGACCUCGUUUCCAAAGGAGAAUGAUAGAAAUUGCUUCGUUUUGAUAUAUGCACUGUUCAUAAUUUUCCGAAAUAUGGCGCGUCCCUUCCCCUACACCUUUAUUUCGUGUCCCUGCGCCGACACACCGGUUCCCGACCAUUUAAGGAAGAAGCGGAGAUCGAGAGAUAGCCCUCGCAAGGCAAAUUUCGAGCAGUCCGGUUCGGGGGAUGGUAAGGAGAAUGAAGUGGAGGAGGUGGAAGAAGAAGAAGGCACGUUUGAUCCUCGAUCGCCGCGUGCGAACUUUUCUCUAUACCCACCGGAGCAGCUACUCUACUGCGAAGAUUGCCAUCAGAUUAAAUGCCCGCGUUGUAUAACGGAGGAGAUCGUAAGUUGGUAUUGCCCUAACUGCUUGUUCGAGACUCCCAGCAGUAUGGUUCGGAGUGAAGGUAAUCGCUGUGCGAGAAACUGUUUCAGUUGCCCCAUAUGUACCGCUCCACUCACGGUCAGUCCUAUUGAUAGUGGGAGUCAGAAUCAGCAGGGCCCCUGGGUAUUAGCUUGUGCAUAUUGCAUGUGGACGACUCUAGAUAUCGGCAUCAAAUUCGACAAGCCCACGAAUCUUCGAAUUCAGCUCUCUAAAAUGAUCGACUCCACACAAGGGAAGCCGGCUUCUUCUAAAUCCUUUGGUGAACUGAAAUCCCCCUUGUCCAGGUAUUCGUCUAUCGAUGAGCCUAGUACCCCCGCGUCAGAAAACCCAACGGAGAACGAGGAGACCCUGCUAGACGAUCAACCGGCUCUUGCUCCAGAGGCAAGGUUUGCUGCCUUGAAAUUGUUCUACCGUAAUCAGAUCUCAGAAACGUCUGCUUCGCCGACUGACCCCCUUGGGAGUGAUUUCGGUCUUGGGUUUUCUUCACCUGGAGCACUGAACCGCAUCAUGUCUAUCUACACUUCGACACUUGGUGGCCUCUACGGGGGCAGCAAGAAGCCCAAAUCCAAGCCACCAGUGAUGAGGGAAGCUCUGAAUGCUAGUGAAGGCCUCAAAAUCCCUGCGGCCGAUGCCGAAGACCAUAUUAUCCAGAAGAUGGCAUCCGAUAACCGUGCCUGGGAUUGCCUUGCGUCGAUCGAACAGCGCAAAUUUCAGCCACCAGAUGCACGCUUCGUGGACGAUCUGCUCCCCCUUCCCAUGCUCCUGCGGACAAAACGCUCCAAGCGGUGCAAAUCAUGCAAGCAUAUUCUCGUAAAACCAGAGUCCAAGCCGCAGUCGACACGCUUCCGUAUCCGUCUCAUCGCUCUCAGCUACAUCCCUCUACCGACUCUACGACCUCUCACCCUUGGGCCUAACCCCAAUCCUCUUAUCCCUUCUUCAACGGUGGCGUCCACCCCAAAUCUGGACGCACUCCCUCCUUUAAAACCAAUCCAACUCCUCCUCACCCUGAAAAAUCAUAUGUUCGAUCCCGUCCGAGUCACCCUCGCCACACCCUCCACCACACCGGGAAGAAUAGCUACGAAAGUCACCAUCCUCUGCCCUCAAUUCGACAUUGGCGCGAACAGCGAUGUCUGGGAUGAGGCCCUCCAGCAAGCUUCGGGAGAUAUCCGGCCAAACCGCCCUGGCAUGCCCGGCCAUGAGAAAGUCGCAGAAGCAGGCAAAGUCUGGGACAAGGGCCGGAACUGGACAACAGUUGCCCUGGAAGUAGUACCGGGAACCUUACCGGAAGGGCCAGAGAAAGGCCAUUCUGCUCCGACAGCCAACAGUGACGAUGAAAGUAAUGAUGAUGGCGAUGAUGGUCUCCCGAAACUUGACUUGACGCGUCAUCAAUCUCGAAACGAUACAGACCACCGAUACGGAAUGCAAGAGGACGAAGAUGUCCUUGAAAUCCCUGUCUUCGUACGAAUGGAAUGGGAUUCGGAGAACCAGAUCGAACAGCCUGUUGUUGGGAAGGGACAAAAGCCUGAUACCGUCAAGCGGGAGUUGGCGUAUUGGAUGGUUCUGGGGGUUGGGAGGAUCAAGGCGGAUUGUUGAUCUAAGUCUCAGGGUCGGAGGACCAGGUUGAUAUAAUAUCCUUAGCAUGGCAAUUGCCUUUCUUCCAUACCUAUAGUUUUUCAUAGAUAGGUUUUAUUUUUACUAUAUUUAGUUGAUCGGAUGAGAAUUAGAUACCC